UCUCCGCCCUGUCCACAUCCCUGCCUGGGCGCGCGGCCGCUUACCUACUGGAUAUGUGUAAUGCAGAGGCGAUACUGAUUGACCCAGAUCCAGCAGACGACAAGGUUAUCUCCGGCCACGGUCCAGGUGUGGCGGCCGCCAGAGUGACAGAAGGGACCCGGGUCAUCUUUGUCUAGUCCCGUUGUUGAUCAGCUAACCGGCGGCUGUCUGCUACGCUGUCGUCUACUUAUUAUACCCAUCCCCUCCCAAUCCGCUCCUCGAGGAGUCCCCUUACGCCCGCCUAUGCGCUUCCGAAUUUCUCGUCCCUCCCACCGACUACGAACGCAUUGGGCCGACCGGUAGGCUGGUCGGAGAAGUAUCGAAGGAGUGAGUGGGGAAUCGUGUAGGAAACGGGAGAGAGAAUAGGAGGAGAGAGGGAGGAGAGAAGCACGACACUAGACAUUUGUAACCGUCAUCACCGCCCGACGACGAUGGCGGGGCCCCUAUCGCCGGCCCGCUCACGCGACGCGCGCUACGACCAGGUCAUCGCUCAGGACGCCGCCACCCUCGCGCAGCUGGGCCACAAGCAGGAGCUCAAGCGGAACUUCUCCAUGCUGUCCAUGCUCGGGCUCGCCUUCGCCAUCCUCAACACCUGGACCGCCCUCGCCGCCUCCAUCUCGCUCGCCCUGCCCUCGGGCGGCCCCAGCGCCGUCAUCUGGGGCCUCGUAGUCGCCGGCGUGUGCAACCUGUGCCUCGCCGCCUCCCUCGCCGAGUUCCUGUCCGCCUACCCGACCGCCGGCGGCCAGUACCACUGGGCCGCCAUCGUCGCCUGGCGCCGCUGGAGCCGCGGCAUCAGCUACGUGACCGGCUGGAUCAAUGUGUCCGGCUGGGUCGCGCUCGCAUCGACCGGCGGCCUGCUUGGUAGUACCUUGGUCCUCAACAUCGUCGCCCUGCUGCACCCGGACUUUGAGCCGCAGCCGUGGCAUCAGUUCCUCAUGUACCUCGCCUUCACCUUGCUCGCGUUCGCCAUCAACGCUUUCGGCACGCGCCUGCUCCCGCUCAUCACCAAGGCCGCCCUCCUCUGGAGCCUGGCCGGGUUCGUCAUCGUCAGCAUCACCAUCCUCGCCUGCGCCGCGCCCGAUUUCCAGAGCGGCGCCUUCGUCUACGGCCGCUUCACCAACGAGGUCGGGUGGCCCGACGGGAUCGCCUGGCUGCUCGGCCUGCUGCAGGGCGCCUUCUCGCUGACCGGGUUCGACGCGGUGGCGCACAUGAUCGAGGAGAUCCCGCAGCCGCAGGUGCGCGGGCCGCGCAUCAUGCUCGCCUGCAUCGGCAUCGGCGUUGCGACCGGCUUCGUGUUCCUGUCGUGCCUGCUGUUCUGCGCGCGGGACCUCGACGGGGCGAUCGCGUCGCCGGCGGGGCCGCUGCUGCGCAUCUUCGCCGACGCGACGGGCAGCCCGGCGGGGAGCGUGUGCCUGCUCGUGUUCCCGAUCGGCUGCGUGACCUUCGCGGCGACGCUGCUGAUGACGACGAGCAGCCGCAUGAGCUACGCGUUCGCGCGCGACGGCGGCCUGCCCUUCAGCGGCGUGCUGGCGCGCGUGCACGGCCGGCUCGACGUGCCGCUCAACGCGCUGCUGUGGACGGCCGGCUGGGCCGCCGUCUUCGGCUGCAUCUUCCUCGGGUCCACGAGCACCUUUAACGCCAUCACGUCGGCGUCCGUGGUCGCGCUCGGCGUCACCUACGCCAUCCCGCCGACCAUCAACGUGCUGCGCGGCCGCCGGAUGCUGCCCCCCGACCGGCCGUUCCGGAUGCCGGAGCUGUUGGGCUGGGUAGUGAACCUGGUCGGGAUAGCGUGGACGGUCUUGACGACGGUGCUGUUCGUGUUCCCGCCGGCGCUGCCGGUGACGAGCGCCAACAUGAACUACUGCGUGGCGGCGUUCGGGAUCAUGCUGCUCCUCUCGCUGCUGACCUGGGUCCUGGACGGGCGCAAGAACUACAAGGGCCCGCUGAUCGUCGUGGCGGGGAUUGGACGCGGUGACAAGACCGCCAGCGUGGAGGGCGUGAGCACGGCGCUGCCCGCGGGCGAGGAGGACGGGGGCGCUACGCCCGCGUCCAAGGCGGCGACGGCGGCCACGAAGCCAGCCGUCUCGAGAAGCUAAGCGGCGCGGACCGGCCCCCCCGGGAGGCGAGUUAGGAGACGGAGAGGGGGUACAGAGUAAGUGAGGUGAAGCUGAGCCCGGUGUGGGUGGAGUUUAGGUGUUACAAGGUUGAGUACAUACCUAGAUGAUCUAGGUAGGUAGGCGUUUAUUGCUCGCGUACUGGAUGUGCCUAUGGUAGGUGGUAUACCUACUGGGUUUAUUUAUAGGC